AUGGAUACGUGGGCGCUUUCACAAGUCUCUGGCAUCCUGACCGUUUAUGGUGUUCAGGAGCUGGGAGAUGGGAGUGACGGUGCCCGUUUGGUAAGCGCAGAAGUAGUGGUAAAUCCGGGAGAGUCAUAUGUGAUGCAGAAGUUGCACUAUGAUCUAAAGAUAUGGGAGCGGGUAGGCCUGGCAUUGCCAUGUUACAGAGUUCGUCGACGCACUCUGAAUGAACUGAUUGUUUUGGGAGUGACUGCAAUCGCGUCAUGCCUUUGCAUGACACCCCGUUUCGGUGGCACGCUUGAAAGAGGGUCAGUCCCUAGUAUGUCGAACCCAUUGACUCUAGCAUGGUGGCGAAAGGGCUGCCGGACGUGCGUCGUAAUUUGGUGUCACUCUUACUACACUACUUCGCAGUAG